AUGGCCAGCAAGGGCUUGCAGGACCUGAAGCAGCAGGUGGAGGCGGCGACGCAGGAAGCGGUGACAGCGGCUGGAGCAACAGCACAGCAAAUGGUGGAUCAAGCCACAGAGGCAGGGCAGAAAGCCAUAGACCAGGUGGCCAAGUCCACCCAGGAAACCAUCAACGAGACUGCUAACCAGGCUUCAGAGGCCUUCUCCGGUUUCGGGAAAAAAUUGGGGUUACUGAAAUGA